GCCGGGCCAUGCGCUGACGCCGCGGUGCAGCCCGCAGCCAAGGGCGGAUCCCGGGCAGCGCACGCAGGGGGCCACGAUGCCGGAGCAGAGCAACGAUUACCGCGUGGUGGUGUUUGGUGCCGGCGGUGUGGGGAAGAGCUCGUUAGUGCUGCGCUUCGUCAAGGGGACGUUCCGAGACACCUACAUCCCCACCAUCGAGGACACGUACAGGCAGGUGAUCAGCUGCGACAAGAGCGUCUGCACGCUGCAGAUCACCGACACCACCGGCAGCCAUCAGUUCCCAGCCAUGCAGCGCCUGUCCAUCUCCAAGGGCCAUGCCUUCAUCCUGGUGUUCUCCGUCACCAGCAAGCAGUCGCUGGAGGAGCUGAGGCCCAUCUACCAGCAGAUCGUGCAGAUCAAGGGCAGCGUGGAGAGCAUCCCCAUCAUGCUGGUGGGCAACAAGUGCGACGAGACGCAGCGGGAGGUGGAGAGCAGGGAAGGGGAGGCCGUGGCCAAGGAGUGGAAAUGCGCCUUCAUGGAGACCUCGGCCAAGAUGAACUACAACGUGAAGGAGCUCUUCCAGGAGCUGCUCAACCUGGAGAAGCGCAGGAACGUCAGCCUCACCAUCGACGGGAAGCGUUCCAGCAAGCAGAAGAGGACAGACAAAAUCAAGGGGAAGUGCAGCAUCAUGUAGAACCCCGGACUGGCCCGUGCCCCCCGGCCCCCCCCCCCACCUCCCCGUGGUGGGGCUGUCCCUGUGUGCUCCCUGCGUCUGCGGUGCCUGCGGGGCAGCUGUGGCCAUCGUUGGGUUUGGGGACACAGACCCGUGGGGACCCUCGGCCUCGUGGAGUGGGACGGGGUUGUGGGGCCGGCCGCGUGCAUGCUGCAGCACAACUGGA